AUGUCCGCAAGCCAGACUGUCAAGAGAGUAGCAGUCCUAGACGACUAUGCUCAAAUCAGUCCCAAGCAUGUCGAUCCCAUCAAAGACAUCAAAGUCUCCUACUGGGACCAGACUCUCAACCCAACAAAGGAGGAUGAUCUGCAAGCUCUCAUCCGCCGUUUGGAACCCUAUGAAAUCAUUUCCUCCAUGCGAGAACGUACCGCUUUCCCGGCUUCACUCCUCUCCCAGCUUCCUAAUCUGAAAUUACUCCUUACCACGGGAAUGCGCAAUAAUGGUAUUGAUCUUCCCGCUGCCACUCAAUAUGGCAUCAUUGUCACUGGAGCCAAAGGCGAGCGAGUCUCUGGUCAUGGUGAUGAUGAUGAUGAUGAUGACAAGUACAAAACCUACGAAGCCCCUCCUCCAACAGGUCACACAACAGUAAUUCAACACUCGUGGGCAUUACUAUUAAGUCUCAUGUCCAGAAUCGUGGAGCACCACAAUCUUCUCCAACAACAACAACAACAACAACAACAACAACAACAACAACAAGACUCCUCCUCCACUCGAUCUUCGUCUCCAGCAGCAGCAGCGUGGCAACAAGGCACCAUCAUGACUCUCCCCGGCAAGAAAUUAGGACUUGUAGGAUUAGGGAAAUUGGGAGUUGCGUUUGGAAAAAUCGCCUUGCAGAGUUUUGGAAUGGAAGUCUUGGCGUGGAGUACGAAUUUGACGCAGGAGAGGGCGGAUGAACAGGCUGUUGCGGCGGGGUUGGAAAAGGGAAGUUUUCAAGCGGUGGGGAAAGAAGAGUUGUUUGGAGGGGCGGAUGUGGUGAGUUUGCAUGUUGUGCUUUCGGAGCGGACGAGGGGCGUUGUGGGGAAGAAGGAGUUGGAGAUGAUGAAGAAGAGGGCUGUGCUGUUGAAUACGUCGAGAGGGGGGUUAAUUGAUGAACAUGCCUUGAUUGAGACGCUCACGGCUGGGAGCAUUGCGGGUUUUGCGUCGGAUGUGUUCUGGGAGGAGCCGCUUGGUCCGGAAAGUGUUUGGAGAAGAGUUGGCGAGUGGAGUAAGAGUUCGACGGUUUUCAGUCCACAUAUGGCAUAUGUCAAUGAGGGCACAAUGAAUAGGUGGUAUGAAGAACAGGCCGAAAUCAUCCACCAGUAUCUCAAAGGGGAGAGCCUGAGCAAUAGAUUAAACUAA